UCGCGCUCACACGGCUAUUACUCUUUUGCAAAAGACAAUAGCAUUUUAUUGAAGUACGUGAAAAAUAAAUAUACGACGCAGAUGAAGACAGUCUAAGAGGCUAGAUAUGUAAUUUUGAAAAUAUUACAGUCGUCGUUUAGUUUGGAGCAAUACAUCAGCAAUGCCUUUAAGAAAAAACUUAUAUUUUAUAUUAUAGAACAGACUCAUAAGAACUAUUAAAAACAAGUCAUGAAAUUAUAUGUUCUUGGAUAUUUGAUGUUUGUUGCAUCAACGUUUGAUGGAACAUGGUGGAAACAUUUAGCUCAAGGAAGAGUGCGUAGAAGAGAAAAUGCUGUAUCAUCGUUGGAUCAGAUGUUUCAUAUGAAUGGUUGGGGAUUGAUUAGCACUUUUGCACCCGAACCUGAAUUUGUAGGUAAUAUUCCAGGAAUAAGAGUAAUAGCUGGUAAAGACGCAGUUCUUCGGUGUGUAGUGGAAAAUUUAGGCAAUCACAAGGUAAUGUGGCAAAAAGUCAAGAAAAAACUACUGCUUUCUAUGGGUACUCAUGUAUUUGUUAGGAAUGACAGAAUACAAGUCACUACCACAAAUUUUACAUCUUGGUAUCUUCAUGUGAAGAAUGUUAGUUUGGACGACAUUGGAUAUUACGCAUGCCAAAUCAAUACAAGUCCCACUAAAAGUCAAGCUGGAUACCUAAAUGUCGUUGAGCCGCCGGAGUUCAUGACAAACCACACGAGCAGAAACGUGACCAUCAUGGAAAACAUGGACGUGGUUCUUUCCUGCAAAGCCACUGGAAAUCCCACGCCAGAAAUUACAUGGAGCAGAGAGGAUGGCCAGCCCUUUCUGAAGGACAAUGAAUUAAUCAGAGAAUAUAAAGGCGAAGAAUUGAGGCUAACAAGUGUCUCGAGGCUCCACAUGGCUGCUUACCUUUGUUUAGCAAGUAAUCAAGUCCCUCCAGUUAUAACCAGAAGAAUAAACCUAGAGGUGCAGUUUCAACCUCUAAUAUGGAUACCCAACCAAUUAGUAGGUGCUAGAGAUGGAAUUAACGUGACUCUAGAGUGCCACACUGAAGCACAUCCGACAUCGGAUAACUAUUGGUUGAGAGAUGAAGAGCCAGUUGUGUACAAAAGCUCAAGAUACAAGUCUGAUGUGCAAAGGAAUUCCUAUAAAACUAGUAUGAAACUUUCCAUAAGUGACUUGCGCAGAACAGAUUACGGGUCCUACCAUUGUGUGGCAAAAAAUAGCAUUAGUGAAACUCGAGGCUCAAUAUCAUUAUAUAGGAUGGCAAUGCCUACAGCUCUUCCUCCAAAGCCAGUUACUGUCAGUUCACCUACCUACCCAACAAGAAGACUAAUAACAACAACCGUAUCAACAGAUUGGAAAACGUCAAUCAACGAUAUUGAAAGGCGAGAAAAUACAAAUACGCCAGGAAAACAGCAAAAAUAUGGCGAUGGCAGAGAUGAUUUUCCAGAAAUGGAAAGUUCUUCUCAAAGAGCAGCACAAUGGACUACACACUUGCUGAUUAUGAACAUGAUGGUUAUUACUUUGGCAAAGCUACUGAUCAGUUCUCGGUAACACGCUUGCAUAUGAUAAAGGAAGAAAAUGACUGACCUCGACCAUAGAUAAUAAUGCAUUUCAAACUGCAUUUGACGAAACGGAAAGGUGUAUCUAUAGCAUAGCCUAUGGAUACCAACUCACCAAUGUACAUAUAAUGUUGAGUCAAUUUUCUGACUGCAUUGUUAAUGAUUAAUCAACUUGAGAAGCAACCCUAUACGAUUAGCAGAUAAAUAUAAUUUUUCUCUGUAUAUAAACUUCAUAUGAAUUUGUGCCAAGUAUACAUGCCCUAAAUAAUUGUGCCAAUUAUGCAAAUUUUCUAUAAUGUUAAAGAAACAAAUGUAACUAUUGUUAACUUUAUUACUGCAUUAUAUUAAUGUAUGUAAGGCAAUUGAAUGAUGCUUUUGUAAUGAAAACUAUUAGUCUGUUUACUUUGCAUUUCUGGUUUUCAAAUGAAGAAAAAGAAAUCUUUAUUAUUUUAUGAAAAAACUUUUACGAAAUAUCAAGGUUUUGCGUUUUGAUUCCUAUUAAUAAAUAACAUUCAUAUUACAAAAAAUUUAAAAGCAUUUGUUUUAAAAUAAAAAACAAAGCAAACCUGACGUGGUACUGCACAAAAAUGAAAUACGUAAAGAUUCGUGUUUUAAAAGUUCGGCAUACCAAAAUAAAUAAUUUUUGCGCUUACUGUUCAAAUCGGUAUUAGCAUUUUAUAAUAGCUGAUAUUAGUAUUAAUAGGGCUUUUGAGGCUUUGAAACAGUUGCAUACUGUUAGAUAAUAUUUUAUGUUGUGCAUAACCCACUUUGGAUUUGCUUUUUGUUCAAAAUCAAAACUUGUUUUAGUUUAAGAAUCAAUGAAAUAGCAUGCAAAAUAUAUUCAGGCAGUGCUUUUAGAAAAUUAAACUUAUUUUAAGACUCAAAACUUAAACUGAAAAAAAAAACUAUUGUUAAGUCCCUUUUAUAAAAUUCAAGAAAAAAUGUACUUAUAUUGUACUUAUA